AUGGAUUACAAAAACGAAAAUUUAAUCAACCCUGAAAUUUAGAUGCUUUAGCUACCAGUUUCCUUCCACAAGAAGACUAGAUAAAAUUUAGUUGAGGCUAUGAAAGGAGUUGCUUAAGGAAGAUCUAUAGCUCUUUUUAGAGGUGACACUACUAAACCAAUUUAGGAUUAGGAUAUUGAAGAAAACUUUUAGCAAGAAUCUAACAUUUUCUACCUUUUUGGUGUUAAUGAACCUGAUUGUCACGCUGUUCUUGAACUUGAUACUGGUAAAUCAGUAAUUAUUUGCCCUCGUAUCCCUGAAGCUUAUAAGCUUUGGAUGACAGUAAAAGAAGCACCCUACUACAAAUAAACUUACUAGGUUGAUGAAGUUAAAUAUGAUGAUGAAUUUGAAGCCUACUUAAAAGAAAAAAAUCCUGAGGAGAUUCACGUAUAUUUCGGAGUAGAUCCCGAUAGUGGUUUAACCUUGCCAUUACCUGAACAACCAUUUUUAAAGAGUUACAAUAUUGUUAAUGAUAAAAUGUACCAUAUUCUCAAUGAAUUGAGAGUUUUUAAACACUAAGAAGAAGUUGAUUAAAUGAAAUUCAUCGGUGAUGUUUCUUCCGAAGCUCACGUUAGAGUUAUGGCUAACACCAAGCCUGGUAUUAGAGAAUAUUAAAUGGAAGCUUUAUUCAAAUUCCAUGUGUAAGAAAGAACUGGAUCUAAAGAAAAAUCUUAUGAUUGUAUUUGUGCUUCUGGUAACGAAGGUCCUUCUAUUCUUCACUACCAUGACAAUUAAAGAAUAGUUACAGACAACUCUCUUAUUCUCAAUGAUAUGGGAUCAAAAUAUAACGGAUAUUGCUCAGAUAUCACAGUAACCUUCCCUUCCAAUGGCAAGUUCAACGAUAAGCAAAAGGAAAUAUAUAAUGCAGUAUAUGAUGCUUAUAUUUCAGUACUUAGAUCCAUAAAAGAAGGUGUUUAAUGGUAAGACAUGCAUCAUUUAGCUGAAUAAAGAAUUUUAGAACAUUUAAUUAAGAUUGGUUUAGUAGUUGAAGCUCCUAUUGAUGAAUUAGUUUAAAAGAGAGUCGGAGCUGUUUUUAUGCCUCACGGAUUGGGCCACUUGAUUGGUUUAAGAGUUCAUGAUGUUGGUGGUUAUGCUCCUGGUCAUCCUGAAAAACUUAAGGAUCUUGCUGGACUCAGAUCUUUGAGAACAAGAAGAACACUUAAGGCAGGUAUGUGUAUUUCAGUUGAACCUGGUUGCUAUUUCAACAAAGUUAUUUUGGAACAAGCAUUUAACAAUCCUGAGGUUUCUAAAUAUUUAAAUAAGUCUAAGAUUGAAGAGUAUACUUGUGUUGGUGGAGUUCGUUUAGAAGAUGAUGUUUUGAUCACAAAGGAUGGUCAUUUCAAUCUUACUAAUGUUCCUAGAACUGUAGAAGAAGUUGAAAGAGCUUGUGCUGGUCUUCCUUGGAAAAAUUGA